AGAAUCUCCUCAUUACCAGUUCUAGCUCAAGCCUUGCGAGAGCUUGAAGACCUUCUUAUUCGUGAUAAGGAGGCGCUUACUCGCUCGGCUUCUGCCUCCAGUCAAGCGAAGAAGCGUGGCGGUGCGAGCACAAAAGAGCCCUACAACCGAACUCGUUACAGAGAGUAUGCUUCUGACCGCAAGGCUGCUUUCGCAGAUCUCUAUCAGUUUUGCUUCACACUUGCGAAGCCACCACAAGCACGAAACAUCGACUUAGAGACAGCUAUGGCGCUGUGGUCAGUACUCCUUGCUCCACGAUAUCCAAUAGUCAACGAUCUGAUCACCUUCUUGCCUGUGAAAGGCACAUAUAAAGGUGCAAACAAGGACAUUUGGAAUAUGGUCCACGAGUUCUGCCGCGUUGUGGACCCUUCCUUGUCUAAUUACGAGGCUGAUGGGGCUUGGCCAUCAUUACUCGAUGACUUCGUUGCAUGGAUGAAGAGCAAAACAGAUGAUGGCGCGGAGGCUGUUCCGGCUAAGGAGAAAUAA